CUUAAAAUACGAAAUUUGGGCUGGAUUAUGCCGGUAAUUACAACUACAACUGUAGAACCAACGAAGUGCAGAUCAUUUAAUAUAGACGCCGGUGCAAAAUCGGAGCAGAUAUAUUGCGAAGAGGAAACUACGGCCUGCUUCGCCAGUUGGAAGUACGUUAACGAGACUGUUUCAAUUAUCAAGCAAGGAUGCUACCAGUUUGAAGCCGAUGGAUUUCCUACUGACCACUGUUCAUAUUAUAAAUGCGAAGCAUUUGCAACAGCCUGCGAUAAUCAUGUAUGUUGUUGCAAAGGAAAUUUAUGCAACGACUUUCUUGUGAAAAGAAACGAUUCAAAUGCUUUGACAUCAGUACAGAUACCAUACAAUGAUUACGAAAUCUUCAUAGAGUCUACUGAAGGAUAUCCAAAUGCUGACACGGAACUCGGUUAUGUUGUUCUCGUAUCGUUAGCUGUAUUAUGUUUCGCAUGUGUGUCUUUGUAUAACAGGAAAAGAAUAUCAGGAUCUCUUUCAAAAACUAUGAAGUUACUGAAAAGCGUACAUGAUACACCGGAUGAUAGUAGGUCAGAAGAAUCGCAAAAUAAAGAUUUGGAACACAAAGUCAAUAUAUCAAAUACCGAUUGCGCUGGUAAAAUUUAUCAGGGGAGAUAUGGACACAUCAGUCUCCGCAGUGUAAAAUCUGAUAAAAGCGACAACAUGCUCUGCAUAAAAGAAUUCUACGUUUCAAUGGCUCAAAGCGCUAAAAUGUAUGCACAAGAGAAAAGGUGUCACUCAAUCCUGAAAAAAUGUAACCACAGGAACAUUGUCAAGUUUGAAGGGGAGAUUUAUUCAUCAUCGAAGUGCAAUCCUGGAUUAGCACUUGAAUUUUGCACACAGGGAUCUCUUCGAAACUACUUGAAAACCAAUAUACUCGAUUUUACAACUUGUGUUGGCAUCCUGUCCGACAUCACAGAAGCAAUUUCGUUUUUACACAAUCCUGAAGACAAGGUUACGCCACCAAUCAUUCAUAGAGAUGUCACAAGCAACAAUUUUCUCAUCAAAGAUGACGCGACAGUUGUAAUAUCUGAUUUUGGAUUGUCUCUCAUCUGCCUUGAUGAUAAGUUAGAUGAAGAGGAAAACAUCAGUGUUACAGCAGCGGGAACACUAAACUACAUGGCACCAGAAAUUCUGCUUGGCACUGUUAACAUGAAGAAAUACAAAACUUCACUCAAACAAACUGAUGUUUACUCCACUGCACUGGUGAUGUGGGAAGUAAUUUCAAGAUGUAGUGUUUUCUACGGAAAUAUUUGCAACAUUAUACCAGCAUCACUGCCAUACCAAAACGAGAGCAGAAACGGAAUGUCAAUUUAUGACAUUGUUGUAACACAUAAAAUGCGACCCUUUCUUCCAUCCCAAUACAAAAGAUCUUCGUUAAGAAUCGAUUCAUCUCAUUCAUCUGAUUCCGGCAAUGCAAGUUAUUCAUCCGCCGACGUUGGGAGCCAGAGUUUAUGCUCCUUCAAAUCAGAUUACCUGCUACCGGAAUUACUAGAUAGCUACUCUCAAAAAUCGGAAGAAACUGUUUUUCUGGAAAGAAGGUAUACAAAAACGGCGUUUGAUAUAUUAGAGUCAUGUUCCGAUAUUGAACAAACUAUUGAGGAGGCGUGGGACGACGACGAAGACGCGAGGCUCACAGCAACAUCCAUGCGUGACCGUAUCAUGCAUCUUAUAAAUAAAAUGGGAAAUCUUGAAUCUAUUGUUUAGGAAGUUUCGAGCUGUUAUUUGAUUAUUUAAGUCACAAAUUUAGAUUUUUUUUGUCUCUGAUAUUUCAAGUCGGAUUAAAAUUCAAUCUACGGUGGUGUAUAAGUUUGGAAUGAUUAUGGUUGAUAAGAGCAGUACACAACAGUAGAGUAAUCGCCUAAAAGUGGACUUUCAAGAGCAAUAACAGCUAUAUACAUACCAAACACCGUUUCGUGAUAUUUGAUUUAGUUCUAAUGAGUUACGUUAUGAAUACUUUUUGUUUUCUUAUCAAAAUAUCUUGAAGAGUUUGGAGUAUUAGUGCUUAUUAUCUUUAUGAAGUUGUGUCAAUAUUCUGGACAGAUUGUUGUAGGGAAAUUUUAUCUCGCCGAUUGUUAUCUCAGUAAUGAUUGUUUGUCUGCAUUUUGUGAAAGGGUUUCGAAUGUAAAGAUUAGUUGGCCCUGUUUUUCUAUGCGAGCAGAAACACUAUUUUAGUUGCCGGGUUUUAUGAGUUUCAAAAUUUUUGAGUAAUUUGAACAUGUAGAAUGAUAGAAGUGGUGAUGAUGUAUGUGUUUCGUAAGUUCACACAGUCAAUGUAUAUAUAGGGUGAUUAGGGUCUUUUGGAACAUAUAUAUUCUAUGGGUUCUGUUUUGGGCAGUACCCUGUUGUUGAAAACUUCCAUAUGUGUUCGACUUACCAUCACAAGUAUUGUGAUAUGAUGAUAAUGCGAUAGGAGUUUUUUUUUCAAAUGUUAAAAACGUUGAACGCAAAUAUACAAAUUCAUGCUAAAUUUUUGCCUCAAACUUUCAAAGAAGUAAAGAAACGGUGUAAUAAUUAGAGACGGUAAUUAAGAGAGGGGGAUUUUUUUCACAAUAGCAAGAAGAAGUAAAGAAAGACUAAAAAGAAAGCCAUGCUCAAAUAUAUGAACACAAAAUAGUACGGGUAUGUGAUCUGUCACGGUAGCCUAUUGGUAUCGUAUCUCAGCUGAGCAGCAGAUUUGAUCUUACGCGAAAGCGGAACCGCCACAUGGAACGUAAUUUUAAUUUUGAUGACGUCAUCGCACACAAAAAAACGAAUCCCAUAGAAGCCACAGACAUUUUUAAAAUAAAUAAAAGUGAUUCCCUUCUCACGAAAAAUACAAUCUUCAACCACUAAAAAUUUGGUCCAGUGGUUAAUGAGAAAAACGAUUUUUUCAUAACAAGAAGAAGGAGAGAAAAAUACGAAGAAAC